AUGGCACAAAAGAUUGCUAUCCUCUCCGUCUAUGACAAGACUGGCCUUAUUGACUUUGCCAAGGAGCUCGUCGCCUUGAACAUCCGUAUCCUCGCGUCCGGUGGCACCUCCAAGGCCAUUGCCGCCGCUGGUUUGCCCGUCGAGGAUGUCUCUGUCAUCACUAAGGCCCCCGAGAUCUUGGGCGGUCGUGUCAAGACCCUUCACCCCGCCGUUCACGGUGGUAUCUUGGCUCGCGAUAUCCCCUCCGAUGAGGCCGAUCUUGCUGCCCAAGCCAUCCAGAAGGUCGACAUUGUCGCCUGCAACUUGUACCCCUUCAAGGAGACCGUUGCCAAGGAGGGCGUCACUAUCCCCGAAGCCGUCGAGGAGAUCGACAUCGGUGGUGUCACUCUUCUCCGUGCUGCUGCCAAGAACCACAUCCGCGUCAGCAUCCUCUCGGACCCCAAGGACUAUGCGACCGUCAUUGCUCAGCUCAAGGAGAACAACAAGGUCUCGGACGAGACCCGCCAGAAGCUUGCCUUGAAGGCCUUCAACCAGACCUCGGAGUACGAUGAGGCUAUCUCGAACUACCUCCGCCAGCAGUACGCCGCCGGCACCCAGCAGCUGACUCUCCGCUACGGAGCCAACCCCCACCAGAAGCCCGCCCAGGUCUUUAUCAAGAACGGCGACCUCCCUAUCAAGGUCCUCUCCGGCUCCCCCGGCUACAUCAACCUCUUGGAUGCCCUCAACGCCUGGCCUUUGGUCAAGGAGCUCACCCACGCCCUCGGCCUCCCCGCCGCCGCCUCCUUCAAGCACGUUUCCCCCGCCGGUGCUGCCGUUGCUGUCCCCUUGACCGACAUUGAGAAGAAGGUCUACCAUGUCGAUGACCUCAAGCUCCCUCUCUCCCCCGUCGCCUCGGCCUAUGCCCGUGCCCGUGGUGCUGACCGCAUGUCCUCCUUCGGUGACUGGAUCGCUAUCUCCUCGACCGUCGACUUGGUCACUGCCAAGAUCAUCUCCCGCGAGGUCUCUGACGGUAUCAUUGCCCCCGCCUACGAUGCUGAUGCUCUGGAGCUCUUGAGGAAGAAGAAGGGCGGCAAGUACACCGUCCUCCAGAUGGACCCCAACUACGAGCCCCAAGAGAUCGAGACCCGUCAGGUCUAUGGUCUCUCCAUGCAGCAGAAGCGCAACAACGUCCAGAUCGACGCCUCGCUCUUCAAGAACCUCGUCUCGAAGAACAAGGACUUGCCCGAGUCUGCCAUCCGCGAUUUGAUCGUCGCCACCAUCGCCCUCAAGUAUACCCAGUCCAACUCUGUCUGCUACGCCAAGAACGGAAUGGUCGUCGGUCUCGGCGCCGGCCAGCAGUCCCGUAUCCACUGCACCCGUCUUGCCGGUGACAAGGCCGACAACUGGUGGUUGCGCCACCACCCCAAGAUCUUGGACUUUAACUUCAAGAAGGAGACCAAGCGUGCUGACAAGUCCAACGCCAUUGACCUCUACGUUCUCGACAAGAUUGGCGAGGGUGAGGAGCGUGCUAACUGGGAGGCCCAGUUCGAGACCAUCCCCGUCGCUCUCACUGCUGAGGAGCGUGCUGCCCACAUGAAGGAGCUCAAGGAUGUCGUCGUCUCCUCCGACGCCUUCUUCCCCUUCACCGACAACGUCCACCGCGCCAAGCAGUCCGGUGUCAAGUACAUUGCUGCCCCCUCCGGAUCCAUCAUGGAUGACCAAGUCAUUGCAACUGCCGAUUCCCACGAUAUGGUCGUUGCUCACACCUCCCUUCGUCUCUUCCACCAUUAA